AUGACAACUCUUGACGACUACGAGCACUAUCUCAUGUUUCUAGAAACGGUGCCCGAGGAUAUGUCUGUGCCUGAGCGCUCUGCUGCAAGACCCAGGGGGAUGGUGAUAGACAAGCUCUACAACACAAACGACAAAAAAAACGCUGACAAUCUGCAAACCUUCAAUGAGGUCGAUGAGUGUCCCGAUGUUUCUGAGACGCUGCUGGUGGAGUUCACCUUCAAUGUGAGGGACGAUUCAAGCGACGAGCAUGAGGUCGGGUCCCCGAAGGAGUCCAUUUUCUCCGAGUGCCAGUCGCCCAAGGUACCUGCCCUACAUUUGAACGAGGAUGAGGAUCGUGAUGAUCUUGACUUGUUUUUGGGUGAGCUUGACGACGUGGAGAUCCAGGAGAUCACCAACGUCUUGACGUUUGCCAAGGGCCAGGGCCAGGUCAGAAUCAACUAG